UCUCACUGGAGACAAAUUAAAAAUUCUUCAAUCCGAAUUAAAAAACUUAUCCAGCAAAGAUUUUGAUUUAUUAACGCGAAAAGGUGUCUUUCCAUACGAAUAUGUGGAUUUUAAUGACAAGCAGGAUCAAUGUUUGCUACCGCGCGAGUUAUUCUACAGUUCGUUGACAGAUGAUAUAGUAUCUAAGCGCGAUUACACGCACGCCGUAAAUAUAUGGGAGCAGUUUUCUAUUCAAACCUUAGGCGAAUAUAGCGAUUUGUACCUGAAGACUAGUGUCCUGUUAUUGGCUGAUAUUUUCGAAAAUUUCCGCGAUAGUUGUAUCAAAAGUUACGGUCUAGAUCUCGCGCAUUAUUACACACUACCAGGUUUCACGUGGGACAUGAUGUUAAAACAUACAAAAAUUAAUUUUGAAUUGCUCACAGAUAUUGAUAUGGUAAUGUUUAUCGAACGCGGUGGUACACGUGGUGGUCUGAGUCAGUGUUCCGGUAGAUAUGCAAAAGCCAAUAACCAAUACAUGCAGUCUUACGACCCAUCGAAGCCAUCCUCAUACCUCAUGUUGAUUUGGAGUAUCCCCAACACCUACAUGAUGCACACGUAGAUCUACCAUUCUGUCCGACGCGAACGAAGCCCCAGAACAAAAGCCAAGAAAAACUCCUUGCGACUUUAUAUAAUAAACAGCGUUAUGUUAUUCAAUAUUGCAACCUGCAGCAAUGCACACGCCAUGGUCUUCGUAUCGGAAAGAUUCAUCGCAUACUCCAAUUCACGCAAUCUCCAUGGCUACGCAACUACAUAGAAUUAAAUACGCAGUUUCGAACGCAUGCAACAAACGAUUUUGAGAAAAAUUUAUACACAUUGAUGAACAACGCGGUAUUCGGCAAAACAAUGGAAAAUGUUCGCAAUCACGUCGAUGUAAAACUUUUGACAAAAUGGGAUGGACGAUACAGUGCAGAGGCAAUGGUCGCAAUAUCAAAUUUUCAUAGCCGGAGCAUCUUUUCAGAAAAUUUAAUUGCCGUUGAAUUGCGAAAUGUGAAGUUCAGCAAAUCGAUCUAUGUAGGUAUGUGUAUUCUCGACAUAUCUAAGACCUGCUUGUAUGAAUUUCACCAUGAGUACAUGUCACCUCUGUAUCGCGAGAAAUGUAAAGUACUGUAUACGGACAUAGAUAGUUUAAUUUACCAUAUAAUGUCCGACGAUGUGUAUGAGCUAAUGAAACGUGACAUUGCUAGGUUUGAUACGAGCGAUUAUUCUCAAAAUAACAUAUACGGUAUGCCGCUUAAGAACAAAAAAAUUCCAGGGCUUAUGAAAGAUGAAAAUAACGGAGCUAUAAUGACAGAAUUCUUCGGGCUCAGAACAAAAAUGUAUGUACUGAAAGUAGAAGGUAAAAAAGAUACUAAAAGGGCGAAGGGUGUUAAGAGGAAUAUUAAAGCGCGAACAAUCAAUUUUAACGAUUACACGUAUUGUUUGAGAGAGGAAAUUGAAACGAGUCAGCGUCAAUCGUACAUAAGAUCCAAGUUGCAUGAGGUAUACACAAUAUUCGAAACGAAAACUGCUCUCAGUCCAUACGAUGAUAAGCGAUAUAUUGUGACUCGAUAAAUACAUUACUAUAGGGACAUUAUAGUAUACCAUUAUAACGUUUAUUUGUUUUAUUGGCUAUUUUACAAUUAAGUAUGUCAUCAAAUGUUCUAAUAAAACUGUAUUCAUUUUUUUUUACAAUACAUUAUCCUUUUGUAUCCAUGAAUUAUGCGAAUUGUCGAAUCCCAGCCUUUUUACAUAUACCUUGCCACCUUGCUUGCGCAACACCUUUUCUACUAAGUAUACAUCUGGAUUGGUGAUACUAUGUUCGUGUUCAUAGAAACCCCCAGCGACAGGUUUCCCGCGCGAGUCUGCGAGUAGGUAAGUUGCAGGAUUAGUUGUCUGCACUUUGACGAUUUUAAACACUUCGGUUGUCCAAUUCGAUGU